AUGUCUCCGCCAACAAGCUCGGCGGCGACGCCGAGUCCCUCGGACGCUACGUACCCCGACGACGCUGCAGCGGCCGCGGCGCGCACGCUCGCGCUCACGAUUCCCGUGCUCGGGUCAGCCAGCGCGCAAGCGCUCCCGCUCGCGUCGCCGUCCCACCUCGCCCACACGCAUUCGCACACCCACUCUCUUUCGCACUCGCAUUCGCACUCGCCGCACAACAGCAUCUCGUCCAGCACACAUACCGUUGCGCCCGUUAAUAUCCCGUCGCAGGCCUUGUCGCCACCUACACCCGCGCCAAGCCCGACCCCGACCGAGCGCUGGAGCUAUGGCCCGCUGCACGUCGGUGACGACGAGGAUGAGGAUACAGAGGACGCUGAAGGCGCCAACGACCUGCUGACACGGUUCCGGACGCUGGCCAAGGACGAGCGGUUCGCGUUCCUGUCCUCGCUCGUGUCCGAGCUGCAGCUCAACGAGGCGCUGGUGGUCUCGAGCAAAAUCGCCCCACGGCUCAAGCGCGAUUUCCUGUCCGACUUGCCCAUCGAGCUCGCUCUGCACUGCGUGAGCUUUAUCGACGACGCACGCACCCUGGGCCGCUGCAUGCGCGUGUGCAAGUACUGGAACGAGCUGCUCCAGGACGAGCGGUUGUGGCAGGACAUGCACGACAAGCAGCUGUACCGUCCAACCCUGCCGCUUUCAAACGUGCCCCACCCGCCCCCCUCCGUGGCGGCCGUCACCAGCACGGCGUCGGGCAGUGGCAAGAAGGACCCUGCUCCUCUCCAUUCAUCCUGGGCUCGCGGGUUCUCUUCGCGUGGCGCGGCGCACCGCGCGCUCCAGCAGCCCCGCACGUUCCGUGACAAGUUCCGCGACGCAUACCUCACCGAGGCCAACUGGCUGAGCGCAGGCAGGCUGCUCACAACGCACUCGAGUAUGGGCGACAGUGUUGUCACGUCUUUGGUCGUCAAUGACGAGUUUAUCGUUAUUGGCAUGGCAAACUCGAAGAUUCACGUGUUCGACGUCACCACUGGCCACUACCGCCAGUCCCUGCUGGGGCAUGAGCUUGGUGUGUGGGCCCUCGUCCUUGUCUCGCCGCGCAAGGCCAACGACCGCCGCUUUGAGCAACCCCAGCCCAAGCGCUGGGAAGACGGUAGUCGCCGUGCCAGCUUCUCGUCGGCAUCGGCAAACGGCAGUUCCAACCCUCCCUUCCGCUCCAACUCGGCGGCGGAAAGUGAUCGCCGCCCGUCACGCCUCACCAAGCGCAUGCGGUCCAGCGACGUGUGUGGCGCCGCGGCAGGCUGGGGCCUCAACCGCACCCUCGUGGUGUCGGGUGGCUGUGAUCGCGAGGUCCGCGUGUGGGACCUUGCGACGGGCGAAUGUGUCUUUUCGCUCCGUGGCCACUCGAGCACCAUCCGCUGCCUCAAGGUCCUCGAUGGCCGCCCCAUCGCCGUCUCUGGCUCGCGCGACUUUACGCUCCGCGUAUGGGACAUUGACCGUGGGCGCAUGCUGCGAGUGCUUGCGGGUCACGACCAGAGCGUGCGCUGUAUCGAGGUGGCCGGUAACCAGGUUGUCUCGGGUUCUUACGAUUACACUUGCCGCCUCUGGGACAUUGACACGGGAGAGUGCCUCCAGGUCUUUGAGGGCCACUACCACCAGAUCUACGCGGUGGCGUUUGAUGGCGAGCGCGUCGUGUCGGGCUCGCUCGACUCGACCGUCCGCGUCUGGGAUGCUGGCUCAGGUGAAUGCCUCGCCAUUCUCCAGGGCCACACCUCGCUGGUGGGCCAGCUCCAGCUCUCAGGCGACCGCCUCAUCACCGGCGGGUCGGACGGGCGCGUGAUCGUCUUUGACCUGAACGACUAUUCCUGCGUACACCGUCUCUGCGCACACGACAACAGUGUCACCUGCCUGCAGUUUGACGACCGUUUCGUCGUGUCGGGCGGAAACGACGGUCGCGUCAAGCUGUGGGAUGUCCACACGGGCACGUUUAUCCGCGAGCUCACCCGUCCUUGCGACGCGGUCUGGCGCGUCUGCUUCCGCGACGACAAGUGUGUCAUCCUCUGCCAGAGGAACGGCAAGACGGUGCUCGAGGUCCUCGGGUUCAGGCCGCAGGACGAGAAGAUCACGCCGGGUUUCUCGCGAACCCCGGAUUGGUAG